AUGGAUGAACAGGUUAUUUUUACUACCAGUACUACUGCAUCAGUGGUAGAUAUUCAUUCUUUUGAACAAACCAAUUUGAGACAAUGUUCAACUCCAGGUGGUAACAGUAUCGUAAAGGUUUCAGAUAAGUUUGUGUUUGUGGCUCAGGCUCAGAAGGCUUUGAUCAAUGUUUACAAUAUUCAAGGUGAUCAGAAGAGGGAAUCUGUAGAGCAACGGUUGCCUUUACCUGAGAUGGUCAGUUGUUUGGAGGUUGUUGAAGACCAAAAUAACGGAUUUUUACCAUAUUUGCUAUUAGCUUCAACUCCAACUGGGAAGCUUUACAUAUGGGAAAUAAGUUCUGGUAUAUUAUUAUCUGUCAAGCCAAUGGCUCAUUACCAGGCUAUUACCAAGAUCAAAUCUAUAUUGAAUGGUAGAUAUGUCAUUACAUCAGGUAAUGAUGCCCGUGUUAUAAUUUGGCAAACAAUGGAUUUAGUCACCAUGGAAGAACCAAAGCCAAUUGCCAUCUUACAUGACCAUACUUUGCCGGUGACUGAUUUCCAGGUUUCUUGUACCCAUGGUGAGUAUUUAUCCUCAUCUGGAGUUAAACUAUUUACUGCAUCUCAAGAUGCUACAAUUAGAUGUUAUGAUUUGAAUAUGUUAGGUACCCAGACAAAUUUGAAGAAGAAAUCUACAGAGAAAAAUAAAGUACAACCACGUUUGUUGGCUACAUUCACACUACCGUAUGCAGUUAACUCAUUUGCAGUUGACCCAGCUGACAGAGCACUUUAUGUUGGUACUUCUAAUGGUUGUUUCAACCUAUCAUUAUUCUAUCCAUUAUCUCACAAUAGAAUUGUCAAUCUGUUACAACCAAUGAGUGAAAUAUCUAGCAGUAAAGGUAAGAUAUUUACAUUAACGGAAAAUGUUAGUGGAAGUAAUUUACAAAAUGUGGAUGAAUUAUACUCUAUUGGUCAAUUAUUAGUUACUAAAAUUAUUGAUCUCGAUGUUCAAUGUUUACAGUUAUCGCUAGAUGGUACAUUGUUGCUAAUUGGUGAUAAUACAGGUAAGCUUUCAAUUACUGAAAUAUAUUCCAAACAAAUAUUGAGAACAAUCCAACCGUUAACCACGCAACAAACCAUUCUAGGUAAAGUAACCAACAUAGUAAUCAACGCUGAAUAUAAUUCCAGUACAAAUGAACAAUUCACUGGUGGUAAUAAGUUACAACCUGGUAAGACUGCAAUUGAAAAAUUACCAACGUUACAAAGAGUAAUCCGUGAUAAUAGUAAAUUAGGACAAAGUCACGACGUAUGGCAUCAGGUUCCUACGAGAGAGAGUCUAGUGACUCCAUUAUCUGAUUUUGAAUCAUAUAUGGACAAUUUGUCUAAUCAAGAAUCGGUAUUUUUCACAUCAGGAAUGAAUGUUACAAGCAACGUUCCAGCCGUGGCAGACCAAAAUGUCACGGAAACAACUGAUAAGGCAAAGGAUGAAGAGAUUGCCGAAUUGAAAUCCAACAUCGAAACCUUAACCAAUGCUUAUAAAGAAUUGAGACAAAUGCAUGAGAAGUUGUUAAACGAACAUGAAAGGGUGUAA